CUGCCUCUGCCGGCCAGGCCUGCGCCUGCCCCAGACCCUAUAAGGCCUGGGAGCUGAAAGCAGAGCCAGCUGCCAGCUGUGCCGCCAGUCACUCAAAAGGACCCUCGCGCAGACCAGGUGAGCAAUGACAGGGUGAAGCAAGGUCUCCAGGUGGGUAUCUGGAAACAUCUGGGGGCUAUGGGUGUGGGGCAGGAGGCAUGGGAGUCCCCAUUUACGAACCAUCUCUGCUCCCUCCCAGUUGCUUAGAGAAUUAACAUGUCUGCUCAAGAGGAAGGAGGCCGGGAGCCCCCCAAACCCAAGGGCAAGACCCUGAGCAGAUUCUUGGGGUUCCUGCCUGGCUUCAGUUCUGCCCGGAACCUGGUGGCCAACACUCAUGGCUCAGCAAGAGAGACCCAGCCAGCAGCUGAUCCCACAGGUGCUCCCACCCCCCAGGCUGCCCAUCCCCAGGCCCAGGCAGCUACUGAUUCGAAGCAGAUGGCCAGGGAAGUGGAGAAGCUGCCGCCACCUUCAGACAAGAUGAUCUCUGGGGCAAAGGACCAGGUGUGCUCCACGAUGACCAAAACCAAAGAUGCCAUCUCCUCAGGGGUAGCCAACGUGAUGGACUCAGCUAAAGGUGUGGUCCAGGGAGGUCUUGGAAUGACCCAACCUGUACUCAUGGGAACCAAGGAGGCUGUGACCAGUGGGGUCACCGGGGCAGUGAGCAUGGCCAAAGGGACCGUUCAGACGGGUGUAGACACGACCAAGACUGUGCUGACCGGCACCAAGAACACCAUCUGCACUGGAGUGACGGAUGCUGUGAACAUAGCCACAGGGGCUGUCCAGGCAGGACUGGACACCUCCAAGACCAUCCUUACUGGCACCAAAGACACAGUGUCCACUUGUCUAAGUGGGGCAAUUGGUGUGGCCAAGAGUACUGUCCAGGCUGGUGUGGACACCUCCACGACCAUGCUGACUGGCACCAAAGACACAGUGUCCGCUGGGCUCACUGGGGCUAUCGGUGUGGCCAAGGGAGCCGUCCAAACUGGCAUGGACACCACCAAGACCAUCCUGACUGGCACCAAAGACACAGUGUCCACAGGCCUCACUGGGGCAAUCGGUAUGGCCAAGGGUGUCGUCCAGACUGGCGUGGACACCUCCAAGACUGUCCUGACGGGCACCAAAGACACAGUAUCCACAGGCCUCACUGGAGCUAUGGGUGUGGCCAAGGGUGCCGUCCAAACUGGCAUGGACACCACCAAGACUGUCCUGACUGGCACCAAAGACACAGUGUCUGCUGGGCUUGAGGGGGCUAUGGGUGUGGCCAAGGGUGCCGUUCAGACUGGUGUGAACACCUCCAAGACGGUCCUGACUGGUACCAAAGACACAGUCUCUGCUGGGCUCUCUGGGGCAAUGGGUGUGGCCAAGGGUGCCGUCCAAACCGGCAUGGACACUACCAAGACCGUCCUGACUGGCACCAAGGACACAGUGUCCACAGGCCUCACCGGGGCUAUGGGUGUGGCCAAGGGUGCCGUCCAGACUGGUGUGAACACCUCCAAGACUGUCCUGACUGGCACCAAAGACACAGUGGCCACAGGCCUCACCGGGGCUAUGGGUGUGGCCAAGGGUGCCGUCCAGACUGGUGUGAACACCUCCAAGACUGUCCUGACUGGCACCAAAGACACAGUGGCCACAGGCCUCACUGGAGCUAUGGGUGUGGCCAAGGGUGCCGUCCAAACUGGCAUGGAUACUACCAAGACCGUCCUGACUGGCACCAAAGACACAGUGGCCACAGGCCUCACUGGGGCUAUGGGUGUGGCCAAGGGUGCUAUCCAAACUGGCAUGGACACCACCAAGACUGUCCUGACUGGCACCAAAGACACAGUGUCUGCUGGGCUUGCGGGGGCUAUGGGUGUGGCCAAGGGUACCGUUCAGACUGGUGUGGACACCUCCAAGACUGUCCUGACUGGCACCAAAGACACAGUGGCCACAGGCCUCACUGGGGCUAUGGGUGUGGCCAAGGGUGCUGUCCAGACUGGUGUGAACACCUCCAAGACCAUCCUGACUGGCACCAAAGACACAGUGUCCACAGGCCUCACCGGGGCUAUGGGUGUGGUCAAGGGUGUUGUCCAGACUGGUGUGGACACCUCCAAGACUGUCCUGACUGGCACCAAAGACACAGUGGCCACAGGCCUCACUGGAGCUAUGGGUGUGGCCAAGGGUGCUGUCCAGACUGGUGUGAACACCUCCAAGACCAUCCUGACUGGCACCAAAGACACAGUGUCCACAGGCCUCACCGGGGCUAUGGGUGUGGUCAAGGGUGUUGUCCAGACUGGUGUGGACACCUCCAGGACUGUCCUGACUGGCACUAAAGACACAGUGUCCACUGGCCUCACUGGAGCUAUGGGUGUGGCAAAGGGUGCCAUCCAAACUGGCAUGGACACUACCAAGACCGUCCUGACUGGCACCAAAGACACAGUGUCCACAGGCCUCACUGGAGCUUUGGGUGUGGCCAAGGGUGCCGUCCAGACUGGUGUGAACACCUCAAAGACGGUCCUGACUGGCACCAAAGACACAGUGGCCACAGGCCUUACCGGGGCUAUCGGUAUGGCCAAGGGUGCUGUCCAAACCGGCAUAGACACCUCCAAGGCCAUCCUGACCGGCACUAAAGACACAGUGUCCACUGGGCUCACUGGAGCAAUGGGUAUGGCCAAGGGUGCCGUCCAAACUGGCAUGGACACCACCAAGACUGUCCUGACUGGCACCAAAGACACAGUGUCUGCUGGGCUUGAGGGGGCUAUGGGUGUGGCCAAGUGUGCCGUUCAGACUGGUGCAAACACCUCCAAGACUGUCCUGACUGGUACCAAAGACACAGUCUCUGCUGGGCUCUCUGGGGCAAUAGGUGUGGCCAAGGGUGCCGUCCAAACCGGCAUGGACACUACCAAGACCGUCCUGACUGGCACCAAGGACACAGUGUCCACAGGCCUCACCGGGGCUAUGGGUGUGGCCAAGGGUGCCGUCCAGACUGGUGUGAACACCUCCAAGACUGUCCUGACUGGCACCAAAGACACAGUGUCCACAGGCCUCACCGGGGCUAUGGGUGUGGCCAAGGGUGCCGUCCAGACUGGUGUGAACACCUCCAAGACUGUCCUGACUGGCACCAAAGACACAGUGGCCACAGGCCUCACCGGGGCUAUGGGUAUGGCCAAGGGUGCUGUCCAAACUGGCAUGGACACCUCCAAGACCAUCCUGACUGGCACCAAAGACACAGUGUCCACAGGCCUCACCGGGGCUAUGGGUGUGGCCAAGGGUGCCGUCCAGACUGGUGUGAACACCUCCAAGACUGUCCUGACUGGCACCAAAGACACAGUGGCCACAGGCCUCACCGGGGCUAUGGGUGUGGCCAAGGGUGCCGUCCAGACUGGUGUGAACACCUCCAAGACCGUCCUGACUGGCACCAAAGACACAGUGUCCACAGGCCUCACCGGGGCUAUGGGUGUGGCCAAGGGUGCCGUCCAGACUGGUGUGAACACCUCCAAGACUGUCCUGACUGGCACCAAAGACACAGUGGCCACAGGCCUCACCGGGGCUAUGGGUGUGGCCAAGGGUGCCGUCCAGACUGGUGUGAACACCUCCAAGACUGUCCUGACUGGCACCAAAGACACAGUGUCCACAGGCCUCACCGGGGCUAUGGGUGUGGCCAAGGGUGCCGUCCAGACUGGUGUGAACACCUCCAAGACUGUCCUGACUGGCACCAAAGACACAGUGGCCACAGGCCUCACCGGGGCUAUGGGUGUGGCCAAGGGUGCCGUCCAGACUGGUGUGAACACCUCCAAGACUGUCCUGACUGGCACCAAGGACACAGUGUCCACAGGCCUCACCGGGGCUAUGGGUGUGGCCAAGGGUGCCGUCCAGACUGGUGUGAACACCUCCAAGACUGUCCUGACUGGCACCAAAGACACAGUGGCCACAGGCCUCACCGGGGCUAUGGGUAUGGCCAAGGGUGCUGUCCAAACUGGCAUGGACACCUCCAAGACCAUCCUGACUGGCACCAAAGACACAGUGUCUGCUGGCCUCACUGGGGCAAUGGAUGUGGCCAAGGGUAGCAUUCAAACUGGCAUGGACACCUCUAAGACCAUCCUGACUGGCACCAAAGAGACAGUGGCCACAGGCCUCACUGGGGCUAUCGGUAUGGCUAAGGGUGCAGUCCAAACCGGCAUGGACACCUCCAAGACCUUCUUGACCGGCACCAAAGACACAGUGUCCACUGGGCUCACUGGGGCAAUGGGUGUCGCCAAGUGUGUCAUCCAGACUGGUAUGAACACCUCCAAGACUGUCCUGACUGGCACCAAAGACACAGUGUCUGCUGGGCUUGAGGGGGCUAUGGGUGUGGCCAAGGGUACUGUUCAGACUGGUGUGAACACCUCCAAGACAGUCCUGACUGGCACCAAAGACACAGACACAGUGUCCACAGGCCUCACCGGGGCUAUGGGUGUGGCCAAGGGUGCCGUCCAGACUGGUGUGAACACCUCCAAGACCGUCCUGACUGGCACCAAAGACACAGUGGCCACAGGCCUCACUGGGGCUAUGGGUGUGGCCAAGGGUGCUAUCCAAACUGGCAUGGACACCACCAAGACUGUCCUGACUGGCACCAAAGACACAGUGUCUGCUGGGCUUGCGGGGGCUAUGGGUGUGGCCAAGGGUGCCGUUCAGACUGGUGUGAACACCUCCAAGACUGUCCUGACUGGCACCAAAGACACAGUGUCUGCUGGGCUCUCUGGAGCAAUGGGUGUGGCCAAGGGUGCCGUCCAAACCGGCAUGGACACUACCAAGACUGUCCUGACUGGCACCAAAGACACAGUGUCUGCUGGGCUCUCUGGAGCAAUGGGUGUGGCCAAGGGUGCCGUCCAAACUGGCAUGGACACCACCAAGACUGUCCUGACUGGCACCAAAGACACAGUGUCCACAGGCCUCACUGGGUUUAUGGGUAUGGCUAAGGGUGCCGUCCAAACCGGCACGGACACCACCAAGACCUUCUUGACUGGCACCAAAGACACAGUGUCCACUGGGCUCACUGGGGCAAUCGGUGUGGCCAAGAGCGCUGUUCAAACUGGAUUGGACACCUCCAAGAUCAUCCUGACUGGCACCAAAGACACAAUGUCCUCUGGCCUUACUGGGGCAAUGAGUGUGACCAAGGGCUCUAUCCAGACUGGUCUGGGCACUAUACAGAAUCGGUCACCUGGCACUGAGGAAAGCUCCUAUGGUGGUCUCAUCAAUCACAGGCAGAUGGACAAAUGUGGGCAACAAACUGUGCUGAGCCCCUUGGAGGCUUCGUCCUGCACUGUCUCCAGCCUCCCGGACACUCUCUGUGCAGGACAUGACCUUGCCUCAGAAGCGACUGCAAGCAGCCAGGGCCUUGUUUCUAAUGUGGUAGCAUUCACUCAAGAGACUACUCUGGGCACAGAGGAUGCGGGGGGUGUGGCCACUGCACGGGGCCAUGAAGGUGUCAUGGGCCUUAUGACACUUCCAGACGAACUAGAGGAGCUGGGGGAGAUCUUCCACCCAAUGAAUGCUGAGGAGCAAGCUCAGUUGGCAGCUUCUCAGCCUGGGCCCAGGGUACUUGCAGCAGACCAGAGCAGCUACUUCGUGCGUCUUGGUGACCUGGCCCACAGCUUCCGCCAGCGGGCUUUCGAGCACACCCUGAGCUACCUGCAGCAGGGCCAGUUCCAGGCCAGGGCCACAUUGGCCCAGCUUGAGGAUUCCUUUAGGAUGAUUGAAAAGGCUGAACAGUCUUUAGAAGGACAGUCAUGGCUGGAUCCGGGUCUCCAAGGCAGAGUGAAGAAAGCCUGUACCCAAGAGGCGCCUGAUUCAGGGGCUCUGUCCAGGGCCUGUGGACUCAUCCAGCAGCUCCAUGUGGCUUAUAGCACCCUGGCCUCCAGCCUCCAGGGUCUUCCAGCCGAGCUCCAGCAACAGGUCAGGAGAGCGCGGCACAGCCUCUGUGAGCUCUAUGGCGUCAUCUCCUCUGCCAGCUCCAUCACAGAGCUGCCAGCUGAGCACCUGGCUCAGAGCCGUGAACGUGUAAACCAGGCCUGGCAAGGGCUGGAGAAGCUGCUGGAGGGUGUGCAGCACAGCCCCCCGCUUAGCUGGCUGGUGGGGCCCUUUGACCUGCACCCCAGUGGGCAGCAGCUGUAGGUCCUCCUCAGAGCCUCCCUAGCCCCAAAUCCCCAAAGCUCUGGACCCUGCCAGCUGGCACACAGAGGGCUUUCUGCAUUAAGCGUGCUAUGCUCCCAGCUCUGGGACUGUACCAUCCACCUUUCUGCAUGACUGGCCCUAAGAGCCCAGGGUUGCUAAGACCACUGACAGAGGGCCUGUACUUGAAAAUCGUGAGCAAGCACUCCAGUUAGGAAAGAGAAAUGAAAUGUGCCAGAGUCUAGAAGAUACUCCACUCAGCAGUCCCCACUAGGAGCCCCAUUACCUUUGCAGGGGGUGAGGGUCUUCCACCCAGCUGGGCCUUCAGCUAUCAGCUUGGUGGGUGGUCCUGCUCCUCCAUCCUCCCUCUGAAACCAUCUACCCCAGCCCUUAGCAAACGCCUUGCAUCACAAUGUACUAGAAUUGCAUCAUCCUGAGGCAGGGUCCCAACUGCCUUUGCUGGCCCCAGUGUGGCCAAGAGAGGGGGCUUCGUGAGGAUUAAAAACACCAGCUGCCACCCCACCCCCAGCUUUGUAGGGGCCCGCCUUGAGGACUGCAUUGCUUGGGGUGGGGGGUGAUUACAAAUCUAGCCCCUUCCUGCCUCUUCCACUUGCCCACCUGCCUGGCCUUACAGGCCAAUCACAGGAUCACAAAGCUGAGGUUCUGUUCCCUGGGGAGCCUGGGCCCAGAGGCUGCCCAUGGCCGAAUAGAAGGGCUUCCCCACAGAGGACAGGGCCCUAGGGAGUAGGGGGUCACAGUGCCACAUGCAGCCUGGGCAAGAGGGAAAACAACUGAGUCAGUGGAGCAAAGUAGCAGCUUCUGGGGAAAACAUGAUAGCCACU